CUUAUACAUAUUAUAAUUACCCCGCAAUAAUUCUGACUUAUAGAUAGUGUCACCGCUCAAUUCCAACUAUACUCUUUAGCGUCUCAAUUCAAACAACUAUAGGGAAGACUUUGCGAUCGAUAGAAAAUCUGUACGAUGACCUAAUUCUAAAGAAGGAAGCAUAUAAAAUUUUCGGAGUACUUUUGUCUUAAGAGUCAUGCGAAUUGAAUGUCACGAUAUUACCGAAAUAAUUUACGCAAUUCUAGUGCAUGAAUAGAGUCAUAAAGGCGUAACUAUUUUUGCCGACCUCCUAGCCUCCGUCUAGAUAUAACCAAUUCCCUUCCACUCAAUUCCACAUACACAACCAAGAGGUCCCCAAAAUGGACACAGAAACCUUCCUCAGCACAUCCUACACCCGGAUCCGCGCCUCCGCCUCCGUACCCCCCGGAACCUCCGUACCCACCCUCCCUCACCCCUCCCUUCUCUCCGCAGCCCGCACAUCUUUCCCCUCCAUCCUCCCAACCCAAGGUCAAGGCCCAACAUCCACACUCACCCACCUAACCCGCGACAUCGCCCCAGCUCUCGCAGGCCACAACCUCAGCGGUCGGUACUACGGCUUCGUAACCGGAUCUACCCUUCCCAUCGCCGAAGCCGCCGAUAAUUUGGUCUCGGCGUUUGAUAACAGCGCGCAAGUACAUCUCCCGGGACAAUCUAUAAGCACCGAGGUUGAAGAUGUGGCUUUGCGUAUGUUAAUCGAAUUUCUGAAACUAGGGAAGGCGGAAGAGUGGGCUGGUCGUACGUUUACUACCGGUGCGACGGCGAGUAAUGUGUUGGGUUUGGCUUGUGGGAGGGAAGGUGUUAUUACAGCGAGGUUGAGGGAGAUACCGGGGAAGGAAGAGGAUGGAGGGAGUGUUGGUGAGCUUGGGCUAAUUAGAGCAUGUGCUGAGGCUGGUGUCAAGGAGAUUCAGGUUUUGACUAGUAUGGGACAUAGUUCCCUGUAUAAAGCGGCUUCAGUUGUCGGACUUGGGCGCGCCAGCGUGAAGGAUCUCCCGGUUAGCCCACUAGAGCCUUGGAGGUUGGAUCUUGAUGCCGUGGAGGAGGAGCUUCAACGUGAGGGCGUUGCGAGUAUUGUGGUUGUCAGUGCCGGGGAGGUUAAUACAGGACGAUUUGCCACGAGGGGUUUAGAGGAUAUGGAGAGAUUGAGAGAAUUGGCAGAUCGAUAUGGUGCUUGGAUUCAUGUUGAUGGUGCAUUCGGUAUUUUCGCAAGAUCUUUGCCAGAGACGGAAGAGUUCGCACAGCUUAGGGAGUCAGCCGCCGGGCUUGAGCUUGCGGAUAGUAUUACCGUGGAUGGGCAUAAACUACUGAAUGUUCCCUACGACACCGGCAUAUUCUUCACCCGUCACUCCAGCAUCCCACCCGCCGUCUUCCAAAACCCAAACGCAGUAUACCUCUCCUCAUCUUCCACCUCCACUAUCCCUAGCCCUCUCAACAUAGGCCUCGAAAACUCCCGUCGUUUCCGUGCACUACCCGUAUACGCUGUCCUCCUAAGCGAAGGCCGGGAAGGCCUAGCCACCAUGCUCGCGCGCAUGACGCAACUCGCACAAGGCGUAGCCGAUGCCCUCCUCUCUAACUUAAAAGAAGACUAUGAACUCCUCCCCGAGACCGCGUCUGUGCCGCAUACCCACAUUGUCGUGUUGUUCCGAGCACGCGACCCGGGGCUGAACGCAGUGCUCGUGCAGAAGAUCCAGGACUCGGGAGAGUGGUAUGUGAGCGGGACGAAAUGGAAGGGAGAGCCCGCGUGCCGGAUUGCGGUAGCAAGCUGGAGGGUGAAUGUCCAAGAGGACUUGGCGUUUGUAAAGGAAAGGUUGACGAAUAUUGCGAAGGAAUGGAAGGAAAGCAGGUAGAUAGAGGGAAGAUUAUGAUCACGACGUUAUGGUUAAGAAGACACUCCAGAGUAGAUUGAAUUUCUUUGCUUGCAGUGUUUAAUAUGUAUCUCUUGGUUUCAACUAAUAGGUGGAUAGAAUAUCCAGACCCGUCCAAACGUUACGAGGUGUGUUAGACCCGGGUAGCCUUAAAUAAGAAAAGGUCCGAAGUAUUUCGUUCCUCGUUAUGGAUGGCGGUAUUUCCCCACCCA